AUGGCCAUGCCGAGACAAAAACACGCCAUCAAGAUGACAGCCGGGCCCCAGGGAUUCCGGUUCGCGACAAGAGUCAUCCAGACGGCAGCAGACUUGCAGGGAGAUGAUGCGCCCACACUCUGCGCGCAUGCUGGUUGCGGUGCAAAUAGCGCACGAGAAGACGCAUGGGGCGUAGGAUGUUGUAAGCCAUCCACGCAGCCAUCAAAUCAAUCGCCUGGACGCUUUAUUUUUCAAAUCGAAACCCCGUCUCAGACCGCCAAAACCACCGAGCCGUCGAGCGAACUAUGGAAAGCGGCGACAAAAGAGUUCAUACGUGCAGUACCAAAGAACGAAAAAGACUGGUCGGAUAGAAGAAAACAAGUUGGUCUGCACCAACCAGAAGCCGUCAUCCACACGUUCUGCCUUCUUACUCGUCACUCUCAACAACUAUCCUCUUUAAACAUUGGUGAUGCGCCAGGCACGGAAGCAAGCAUUCUCAAUAUUCUAAGUGACUACCAGGUAUUUACAAGCGUACUAGGAGCAGAGAAGGCCUAUGCGACACAGGUAUCGAAUUACAGUACGCUGCUGUUCGUCGGCCUUUCCAUAGUCGCCUUCUCGGUUGGGACCGAUCCAGAGAAAGUGGAAAAUCAUAUGAGGAAAUUCCUCACGCAUCAGCAAAGCAAAGUGUGCACGGCAAAAGGGAGUUAUUUAUCAAAGCUUCGAACCGCGGCUCUGGGGCCUAUCAAGCGUAUGGAUGAGUUGUGCGAAAAAGGCCUGAAGGACCGAAGUUGGGAGAUAUUCGUCCUCUGUAUGGCCUCCAGCAACGUUCUCGCGAUCCACUGCUAA